AUGUCUACCAACGGUCGCCAGCAGAGCUACGCGCCUCCCAACGCGGGAUACAAGGGACAACACAUUCUCAACAACUACAACCAGCACGGACAAGGUCACGGGAGCGCUCAAUACCUCCCUCGAGGUCUGCCUAUGUCCCCCCACGGUGAUAAUGGUAUGCAAGGUCUGACGAGCAACUUGGCAGCUCUCAACAUGCACGCAUCCUACGGUUCGUCCGCUACCUCCAAGUCUGCUAGCUCUGCACUUUCAGGGGGUUCAUCCGACUAUGGCAACAUUCCUCUUUCUAAUGGUCAAGGACUCUGGGUUCCCAACCAGCAGGUUCUCGGAUCCAUGUAUCAGAUGAUGCCUGGUGCUCAGCAGCAGACUGCCAUGGCGGCUUCUCCUAGCAUGUACAACCACACCGGUGCGUACGUUCCGCAGGCAGCUUACCAAUAUGGCCAAGCUGUCAUCGAUAACAGCGCUAUACCACCGGCAUGGGCUGCUCGAAUGUCCUCCGCCGAGAUGCCGUCGCUUAUGACACCGCGUCGUGACUCUAUCUCCUCCAACGAGAAUGACAACCCAGGCACACCUUACGGCAGUGGUGGUAUGUAUCACCGCUUUGGCAACAACACGGCUAUUAUGGAUCGCUCGCCGAAUGCCCUCUACUCCAGCAGUGCCACUCCUUCGCCAUCACAGCUGGUCCACCCCUACCAGGUCAUGGCGCCCACCCCGAAGCAGCAGACCAUGCCCACAUUGCCUCCCAAUCUACUGGCAUUAGUGCACCAGGAGCCCCCCAUUCCUCGGGCCAUUCCCGCUCCUAGCUCCCCGCACAAGCCACUCGACCGUAGCCUGGAGAACAAGACUGGUGAGACCAACGUUUACAUCCGAGGCCUGUUGCCCGAGACCACUGACGAGAUGCUUCACUUAUGGGGCAAGCGUUUCGGAGACAUCCAGAGCUCCAAGUCCAUCAUCGACCUGAAGACCAACCUUUGCAAGGGCUUCGGAUUCAUCAAGUACCAUAACUUCGAAGACGCUGAGGACUGUAUCCGCGGCUUCCACUACCUCGGAUACGAAGUCAGCUUUGCUCGGGAAUCAUUCUACUCCAAACUCAAGAAGUUCGCCGACGAGUGUAACACCAAUCUUUACGUAUCCAACAUCCCCAAAAACAUGAACGAACAUGAGCUCGCCUCCAUCUUCGCACCUCACAAGGUCUGCUCGAGCAGGAUACUUCGUGACUCUUCCGGUACCGGCCGUGGUGUCGGUUUUGCUCGCUUUGAAUCUCGCGAUAUCUGCGACGAGGUCAUCAAAGAGUUCAACAACACUCCUGUGUCUAAGCCCGGCGGCGAAGAGCACCUCAUUCAGAUCCGCUUUUCCGAUACACACGAGCAGAAGAUGUUGAAGCAGCAGACCGCAGCUGGCCGUGUCUUCCGUGCUGCGGAGUACGAGGUCGGUGUUGCCCAGGCUAGGGCACUGGGCACGCCCGAACGCUACCUCUCCGUCUCUCCGAUACCUGCAGGUCAUGCCAACGAGUUCGAGAUGUUCAUGCGUGGCCAGCGCCAGCCAUGGUCACCACCAGUGCCAUCGACCCUUGGCCCAGCCCGAUCUUACUAUAUGCCUCAGGGCGGACCCAUCAAGAGCGACGAUGGUGUUUCUGACAACGGUGUUGAUGUCAAGACCAACCCUGCCACUCCUGUGAAGGCCGAUACGUCUGCUUCACCGAGCCCCACCAACUAA